CUUCUGCACAGCUCCAGAGGAGAGAGGCUACUGCCAGUGAAGCUCAGGCGCUGUAGACCUAGAACUGCACCAAGUCACUGAUCAGAGAGGGUCUGACAGCAAAGACGACUCGCAGGCUGGCGCGUUGAUUAGAAGAUCUGCUUAUGUUUAACGCCCGUAGAUCAUCUCGUGUGGGCGGGCUGCAAACUUCAGUACGGCAGAAAAGCGAUUACAUCAUGUCAUACUUACUUAUUGUAGACUGUUAAACCACAUGGAGCACUUUUAAUGCCGGGUCUUUGCUGCGACCACCGAGCCAGUAAGCUAACUAAUAUACAGCUCAGGACCCACCAUGCACUUUUUCCUGAAGCUGUAGGCAGACGUAGAGGGGGCUAACCCUCCCGCUCGAGCUCCAGCACCGCGCGCAGUGAGCUGAAGAUGAUGUUCUCCCAGCUGCUCGAUUUCAACUACAGCCUGAACGGCAGCGCGGAGGAGCCGCUCGCUUUCCUGGACGAGGACUGGAGCGACUCUCCGGCGGAGACGCUCUCGCGCGCGGGCUUCAUCGCGCUCUCCGUCUUCUUAGGUCUCAUCAUGACCUUCGGCUUCCUCAACAACUUCGUCGUGCUGGUCCUCUUCUGCAAGUUCAAGACGCUGCGCACGCCGGUCAACAUGCUGCUCCUGAACAUCAGCGUGAGCGACAUGCUGGUGUGCAUGUGCGGGACGACGCUGAGCUUCGCGUCCAGCAUCCGCGGCCGGUGGCUGCUGGGCAAGCAGGGGUGUAUGUGGUACGGCUUCAUCAACUCCUGCUUCGGUAUUGUGUCUCUGAUAUCCUUGGUGAUUCUGUCGUAUGACCGCUACAGCACACUGACGGUGUAUAACAAGCAGGGUCCAAACUACCGUAAGCCCUUGCUAGCAGUGGGAGGCUCGUGGCUGUACUCUCUAAUCUGGACAGUGCCCCCACUGCUGGGCUGGAGCAGCUAUGGUCUAGAAGGGGCUGGCACCAGCUGUUCUGUGUCAUGGACCCAACGCUCACCACAGUCUCAUGCGUACAUCAUCUGCCUCUUCAUCUUCUGCCUGGGCCUGCCAGUGCUGGUCAUGGUCUACAGCUAUGGCAGGCUACUCUGUGCUGUCAAACAGGUAGGGAAGAUUCGUAAGUCAGCAGCUCGGAGGAGGGAGUUCCAUGUGUUGUUUAUGGUGAUCACGACAGUGGUGUGCUACCUGCUGUGCUGGACACCCUACAGCGUGGUGGCUAUAAUGGCCACGUUUGGUCAGCCAGGAAUCAUUACACCUGUUGCGAGCGUGGUGCCCUCUCUCCUAGCCAAGACCAGCACCGUCAUCAACCCAGUUAUAUACAUCCUAAUGAAUAAACAGUUUUACAGAUGUUUCCUGAUCCUGUUCCACUGCAAGGUGAGAUCUAUGGAGAACGGCCAAUCAUCUAUGCCUUCCAAGACUACGGUCAUCCAGCUGAACCGCAUGGUGCAAAGCAACACGGUGGCCUGCACUGUGCAGAUUUCCAGCGGCCCACAGGAGCUAGGAUGCAGCACCCCAGCCAUGGAGAGAAGCAACCCUCCGGAGGUCUCGUCCUAGCAAGGAAGCCCUCCUUUUCUCUUGUGCACAUGUAAAUGUGUUCCUUGCCAAGUCUGAGAGGAAGAGCUGGCCUGCCAUUGAGUGGGUGCGCAGCAUUUGUCCUGUUUCAGGCAAGCCCAAGAGUCCUCCGUGCUAUACAGCAGAAAUGUGUCAGUGGUGUACCCACCCCCACCCACCACACAGUCUCUGCCUUUACUCAGUGUAGGUGUUCCACACUCUGUCUGUCCAAACACCUGUCUGUCUGUGACCUAGGCCAGUCCAGAGCUCUACUCAAGCUAGAUUAUCUUUACCUGGGGAAGCACUGCAAAUGAAGAGAUUUUAAUCCAGUUCAAGUCUGCAAUGUCCAUAGUUUUUUACAAGUCAGAUCAGCAAUAUGCAGAGUGAAUGAUCUUCUGCAAGUUGCCAGAUUCAGAGCUCCCCUCAACAAUAGAAGUCCUGUUAAAAUCGACUUCACAAGAACAGUAGUCCUGCCUCUUUUAAUCUAGCAGCCCUAACAAUAAUGUAAAAACAUAACUUACUAUUACACAGGGCCAUGUGGAGUGUUGUUAUUGUUAUUGAGUUACUGUUGCAUAUCACUGAUGAGUAUAUCUGAGAUAUCGAUUUUCAAUGUAGGCCAUCAGUGGUAAUUUAAUGAAAUUCCAAAAGACUUUGUCCUGUAUGAAUCAGCCAAUCAAAUCCCUUACAAAUGACAUUAUUUGACUUUCCAUGGUAAACAUAUUCUAUCUUGAAUGAUGCUAUCUGUGGAAGUAAAGUUGGUAAACAUAAACACCCCCCUACUAAUGACUGAAUUUCUGCUUUUCCGGUAAGAGCCAAAAGACUUCAUGAAAGUGACUUUCAUUCCAAAGAUAACACUUAUAAUACAUAUAUAACACAUAUAAUAAUGGAUAACAAACAAAACCUUGACUUCGAACGCAACAAAACAUGCAGAACUUUUUUCCUGCAUUUCAAAGCUGUGAAUGUACCCUGUGGACAGUGUGGUUGUCUAGUGUUUUAUGAGGACCAGAGUGGACAAAUGUUAUCUGAACUUGUGUGAUCUUCAGUUUCUGUCCACUCUGCUGCUCUGACAAUGCCAUCCUCACCUGUAGUGCCAAAUAUUCUAAACAAAGUGUGUGCAUUUGUGAGUUUGUGUGUGUAAUGUGUGUGAAGUCAUGUAGCUAGGUGUGAAGACUCCAGCUAAUGACUCACAGUUGUAGCCAGCCAGUGUUCUUUAUUAGUGCUCAUUGGUUGUGUCUACAGGAGGUUAUGUGCACAUUGAACUGUGUCAGUUUGAAAUACAUGAGUGUUUUUUUUUUUUGUGUGUGAUAAAGGCCACUCCUUUUUUACUAUUAUUUAAUUAUUUAAGUUAUAUGAAAACAUUGAACUAGAGGGUUUGUUUUUGCCACUAUGGAAAAGUGAUGUCAUGUAUAGAAUCCAUUUCAUAGUUUUCCACUGUAGUGACUGCUUAUCAGUUUGGCACAACUGCCCCUCCAUAGAAACGCUCUUUAUAUUUUUUUUCAAUGCAAUGAGCAUUUUAUUGGUCCGUUAACAUAAAAUGUUAACACAAUGUAAACUGCAGCUGCCAUGUUCAAACAAUGUAGAAAAAUAAAGACCAGAUAAAGUGAGUUUUUUUUUGGAACAGUGA